AUGCUAGGAAAAAGGAAACUUGGUGAAGCCCAAAAACAGAAAAAGAAAAAAAAAUGGAUCGAGGAAUUAGAUGACGAUUCAGAAGAAAUUGAUUUAGACUGCCUAAACAAUUUGGAAGAGCAGGAAAGGGCCGAUUUGGAAAAAGAGGACGAGGAGGUAAAUCAAGAGGAGGAAAAAAAUGACGCAUCCAGCAUGGCUGUAGGUGGUGAUGAAACUAUCACCGAGAAUGGAAAUAAUAAAAAGAAAAAAAGAUAUGACUGGAUGAGUAGUGACGAUGAAGAUAUAUCAAGCGAGGAGGAUGAGGAAGAAGAGGAGGUGGAAUUAGUUGAAAAGGGAAAAGAAAAGAAGGAACAAGAACAGGGCGGAGAGAGAACGAAUAGCAGUGGUGGAACCCUCUUGGAACCCGACAACGCUGCUGAGAAAGGUAUACUUUCUAAAAAUAGCAGUGCGUUGAAAGGAGGGGGAGAAAACGGAAAUGUAGGAUACCAUCCAAAUGGUGUGAAAUAUGAUAUGAAUAAUGGUUAUGGGAAGUGCGGAAAUAUACGUAAGAUGAACAUUGAUGAAAGGAGUAGCCAUAGUGACGAUGGCCCCGUCGAAAUUAUUGAAAAUAUAAAUAAAUAUUCAAUUAACCCGUUAGACAUCAAACUUGAAGAAAUCGAGCACCUAGUAACUUGUGUUACGGAGAAUUUGGUGGAUUUUUUAGAAAAAUUCACAAAAAACAAAAUCGUGCAAAUUAAUUCAGACAAGUCAACAAAUCAUACGAUUAUAUACAAGUAUGAUGAAAAAAAUAAUGACACAGUUUUGAUCAAUAAAUUUCCGCAUUAUGGGAAGUUAUUUGUUCAUGUCAAAAAUUAUCAAGUAAUUAUUACGAAAUUUUUGUAG